AUGUCUGCUAGAAAGCUUCAGCCAUCGGGGACAUCGCCUCCUCACCCUUCCAGAACUUUCCACCACUCCACGCAGACCUUAUCUUCAGAGGAAGAAGGUACUGAGGGAGAUGAGGAGAGUUCAAUGGAAGAAUUUUUAUUUCCUCAAGAGGAAGAGAGCCUGGAGGAAGACCAGUACCUGGAGGAGGAGGAAAAUUAUCUGAAAGGAAAGGAGUAUCUGUAUGAAAAGGAGUAUCUGAAGGAGGAAAAGUAUCUACAGAAGAAAGAGCUGCUGGAAGGAAAAAUGUUUCUGUAUGAAAAGUUUCUGGAAGAGGGUCACAUGCAACUUCGGAUCUGUGGGUCUUCCACUUACGACAGGAGGCUUGUAAGUGAAUGGCAGACUGUUGUGACCAGUUCCUAUCAGUCAGUGUUCAGGACCAUGCUCAAAGAAAUGGCAGCUCGCAAUGAAAUGGAGGAGGAUAUGAACAUUCCCCUGACUGGUCAUCUGGAGAGUGAGACCAGAAGGAAACUGGGAAUUCUGCUGAAGAAAAAUUUUGGAAAAUAUAAGGAAACAAUCCUCUGGAUUAUGAAGAAACGUGAAAACUUAUUUAACCAAAGGGCUACAGAGACCACUUUCACAUUCCACUUAUGUAAUCUACCACCACAAGAUGAGGAGUCUGAGAAAGAAGUAGUCGAACAAUCUCAUCGUCUUGUUCGCCGUAAGAAGACGCUAGAAAUACACACAGACUGGAUAAAGAGCAAGAUUAAGGUACAUCAAGGUGAUGGAAAAAUCAUUCUCUACCCCAAUGAGACUGUCUUCCAAAUUCUCUUUCCCGAUGGAUCAGGCCAGAUAUAUUAUCCAUCAGGACACCUGGCUAUGCUCAUCCUCAGUAUAAAAGAGGGAAAGUUCACAUACAUCAUUCUGGAAGACAAUGAAAAUAUGUGUGUCCGGGCCAUUAUCAACAACUCUGGCCAUGCCACCUUCUGUGAUGAAAAUGGAAACAUCUGGUUGAACCUGAGCCAAAACCUGGGCUUCUACUUCGCCAGAGACAAGUACCAGAAGGCCUGGAACUGGUGGGAUCUGAACCUGCACAUCCACGCGCCCCCCGUCCAGCCCAUCUCCUUGAAAAUCAACCAGUACAUCAAGGUACAAAUAAGGAGCCAGGAUAAGAUCAUCUUCCGCUUCAACCACAAAAAGAAGCACAUCUGCUUAAACCUAGGCACCAAGUACAAGUACAUUACCCCGGCGGUGCUGAGCAAAAUGAAGAAGAAAGCAGUCCUGGAGAUGGAAUUCAGUUCAACGGCUCGGAAGAUCCAGAUCCUUCUGGGAAAAAUGAGUAAGAUCCUGAAUAUACUGACCAUCUCUGACUUGGAAUGCUUCAUACAGGGCAUCAAGAUCUUUCCAACAAGACAAUAUGAGUUGGAGGAGGAACUCUCAUCUUCCAAGCUGGGGCAGUCACCAAAUUGUGCUGCUUCGGCACGUGCUGAAUGUUUCGGGGAGGUGGAGGUGUCCAAAGCCCCGAGAAAACCCCCAAAGCCCUAG